GGUAUAAAGGUUCCGGCCAGUUGUCUGUGAACAGUGCUACUGAACCCCGCCGCGCGCGCUUUGAACGUCCCAGGGGCUGCGCGCCUCUCCAGGUCGAUGCCCCAAGCUGAAUGGUGCAGAGACCCAUCUCACCGGACCCCAGCUGAGGACUAGAGUGCAGGAAUCCAAGGAUUCAGGAAACGAUUGCCCAAGCAAAGCGCCUCGUGGCAUGGAGGAAAGUGAGAUGAAAGUUAGAGGCCAACCUUUUGAAUCUCCGCCUUAGGCGAGCAAAGGCGGAUCCAGAUUAAAGCAACAAGCCCCGAAGUAGUCGUAACUACGGAAUAGAGACAGGACAAGAGAAGAACGAUUGUUUUUCAAUCACUGAAACAUAAUUUGCAAUAGCAGGUGAGGGGCAGUUUGCCUUGUCCCGGGGGAGGCAGGAGGAAGCACACCAAAAGUAGAAGAAAAGAGAGAGGAAUUGCUGCGCCCUGCAGGGCUCGCUCUGACGAUCAGUGUGCGUUUGGGCGUUGCAGGCUGACCAGCUCCAGCAGAGGCUGGCCCGGAUCCGGCACUUGCCGCCUGAUGUGGUGCCUCGAGCGGCUCUGCUGGGGUCCCGAGCGCCUCCUACGGGGCGGAAAUGGGUUUCUCCAGGGUCGAGCCCGCAGAGCCAGGACCGUAACGCCCGCCGCGUGCGCAAACGUGCUCACCCCGGACCGCAUCCCCGAGUUCUGCAUCCCCCCGCGACUCGCGCCCUGCCCGGCCCUGGCUGCACUCCGGGACUCCUGGGGCGAAGAAGCAGAGACAAACGAGGGCGCCGGGCGCACGGACUGGGACCCGCGCUCGCAGGCCGCGCUCUCGCUGCAGCACCUGCCCCGCGCGCGCACUGCCUACGGCUUCUGCGCGCUGCUCGAGAGCCCGCACACGCGCCGCAAGGAGUCGCUCUUCCUCGGAGGCCCUCGCGCCGCCGCGCCCCGACCCCGGGCCCACACCUUGGGAGGUGGCGGCGGAGACGCCCCACUCGUGGCUCGGGGCGGAGCCCCCGCCACCACCCCCGCGGCCCCCGGUGGUCCCCGCCCGCCCCGAGACGCGCUCUCCCCGAGGCCCCGCGGACGCCGCCUCCUGCGCGCCCCUGAAGGGCUGCUGAGACGCGCGCUGCGGCCCCGGAGUCGCAGCCUGGCGCGCGCCCGCUCCGUGUACAGCGGGGACGAAGACGAGGAGCGCGGCGCCGGCUCGAGGUACCCCGUCCGGGCCCCCUGCGCCUCUCCGCCGCCGCCCGCCGGCCCGCGGCCCGAGCGCCUGGAGGCGGAGGGCACCGUGGCUCUGGACCGCGUCGGCGGCGCCCUGCGCCUGGCCGCCCAGUACAGCCCGGCCAGCGGGCGCCUCCGCGUCCGGCUGCUCCGCGUCGAGGGCCUGGCCGGAGGAGCCGCCGAGCCCCGCGCCGUCGGCUGCCGCGUCAGCUUCGUCCUGCAGCCGCCGGGCAAGACGCGCCAGCAGCGCAGCGCCGUGGUCCGGCGGAGCCGCAAGGCCGCCUUCGACCAGGACUUCUGCCUCGACGGGCUCUCGGAGGACGAGCUGCGCCGCCUGGCCGUGCGCGUCAAGGCCGAGAACAAGGGCCGCGGCCUGGAGCGGGGCCGCCUGCUGGGCCAGGGCGAGCUGCCGCUGGGCCCCCUGCUGCUGUUCUGAGGGCGCGCAGCCCCAGGCCCUCCCGUCGGGGCGCUUUCUAGGCGCCUGCUGGGGACUCGCGGACACGGACAGCCGCUUUGUAGAAAAUAAAGGUGUAUUUAUUCUUUCAGGCCUUUCAGUCCAAUAUUGGCAGAGAUGAUACUGGAUUAAUUAUCACAGCAAAAGAUGUAAUAUUUUGUAUAGAUAACUUCAAAACUCUUUUCAGCAAAUGGUACGGUGUUCUGCAGUAGUGUUUCCCAGUGUAGAUAGCCAACUGCAUUUCAUUUGUUCCCCACAGUCCUAUUGGGAGAUAAUGAGUCACAUGAAGUGUUAAAACUAGAGGGUCUGGGCGAUCUAAUUGCUCUAAUUUCCUCAUUAUGAAGUUUGCUUAUUCCACAACAUUCAUUAAGACCAUCUUAGAAUAUUUAUUACUUACGAAGGGUUGCUUAAGACCCUGGAUAAGACAGUGAGGCCAAAGGAGGUGAAGUGACUUGUCCAAGGUCAACUGUGAAUAUUAGUAGGAAUCCAGUCUGAUACUCUUGGCUGCAUUUUUCUGGAAAAGCACUGGAGAAAUUGAAAACAUUUUAAUGUUCUAAGCUUAAAUAAUAAUUAUAAUAGUUUCACAAGUAUUAACUUGUGAUUCUUAAAACCACCCUUAAAAAUUUGGCACAGCGAUCUCAUUUUGCAGAUGAGGAUCUUGAGGCACAGAAUGAAGAGCAGAGUCAGGAUUUGCACCUAGGCAAUCAGUAUUUUACUUGUUACAUAAGUUAUACAGUGUCUGAAGGGCUCAUCUCACUACUGUUGUGAAACGGCAACUUAUGUUUGAAAUUGUUGACUGAGGUUGGGGUCUCCUCACAGUCCUCGCCCUCUAGUGGAAAAGCAAAUUGGUUGAAAGGAGUAAUUUAUCUCUUGCUAAUGACUUUAGGCACUGAGAUGAGCUGAGUCUAAGGCUGAAGAGGAAGCUAACUAGCCUCAGAGUCGUAGAAAAAGGGGUGUCAGCCUUAUUGGCAGCAGGUGAGCUAAUGUGCCAGGGCAGGGAGUCAAGAGCCUACCUGUAACAUUGUUCUACCUCUGGCUUCUGAUAAUAAUAGGUUUACUAUGUUUUAAAGGAUGAUUUUUCCUUCAUCCCUCACAUUCACUGCCAACCAGGCAUAUUUCUUCCUUUCUUAUGCGUAUAGGAGGAAAAUGUGCCCUAAAUGAGGGUUGAAAAUAUUUAAAUAUGUGGUGUGGUGUUAAAUAUGACUACAUUAUCAGUCUGGGUUCAGAAAUGAUUUCUGCUUUCACUAAACUGUUGACAGUUUUAUCCAUUGGUGCUCAUGAAAAAUGCUAUUUAGAAAAGAGUUUCAGUUUUAGUGACAGCUCAGGCAAAAGCUGAAAAUGGGUUAUUGUAUUUACAAUGACAGUCAUUGAACAAAUGUGAAUAAUGAAUGAUAUAAAAUAUAAAUAAAAAUCGGUUCAGAUCUGUAACAUGCUCUUCUAUCUACUCUAAGUCACCGUUUCCUUGGUCUUUCGGCCAACAAUUAUUUUUUUUAAUGUAUAACCUUAAUGAUUUUAGAAUUUUGGUAAUGUAACUAAUACUGAGUUCACAUAUGUAGUACUUUAAAAGGAAAAUAAAUGGAGCGUGAAAACAAC